AUGACAUUUAAAGAUGUAGUUUUCAUGGUAACAUCCGCUAAUACUACAUUGAUAGAACAUGAAGAUAUUCUAGCUGAAUACAACAUGCAGUCUACUAAAACAGUUGGACAACACAAGACACCUGAUGUAACAGACAAUGAGGAAUCUCAAACGGAUUUGUUAAAUCGAGUGAAAAUUCUCGAGAAAGCUAUAAUUUCUCUUCAAGAAACGCAACAAAAGACUGAAGAUGACAUGUCAGAAAUGAAACAAUGGAGAGACAACUAUGUCACAGAACAGAGCGAGAGGACAACAAGAAUUGAACAACUCAGAAAAAAACAAAAGCUGAACUUAAAAAACUUUAGAAAACAAAUGAGUGAACAAGAUAAGAAAGUAAAGGAGCUGAACAAAGAUAUUGACAGUUUAAAAGAAAAAGAAUCCAAGUCAAACAAAACACUAGACAAACUGUCUCUAGAUUUAAAAGAAUAUGAAAACAACCUACUCGAAAUAAAUAAAGAGAUGAAGGUUCACACAGAUAAAACAGACAGUGUAACACUAGAAAUUCAACAUUUAUCGACAAUUAUUUUUGGUUUACAAGGAGAUAGUAAGAAAGUAAAGACCGAUACAGCAAACACGAUUGAUAAAUUACAGUUAAAGCACAGUGUGAUGUACAAACUCCUACAACAAAGAUUGAUGCUCAUUGAUAAACUGAUUCAAAUCUUCAAUCAGAAGUUUGAAACUAGGGAACAAAGUUUAAAAAAGAUAAACGUGCAGCGUGUAACAGAUAUGGUUGUUAUAUCCACCUGAAAGACAAGACAAUGAUCACAUCGAUUUCUAGGAUUAAAACAUUUGGUGAAAUUAGAGAAUACAAUGGUCAACAUUUUAAUCAAACAAAUGGAACAUUUGUAUCACCACAUGAUGGUUUAUAUCUUG